UACAACAUCUGAGCUCUUACUAUGUAACAUUUGUCAGUUUCAGAUUAAUUAUAUGCGUGUAAAUUAAUUAUGCAUAUAUGCAUGAGAUUAAUUCAUGCAUUUAUUAUUAUUAUUUAUGCGGAACUAUACUGUGUUCGCUCUUAUCACUGGAACAAUCAUAAAUGAUGAUGACUAGCAAUAGUAUCACUGGGAUUUUGACUCUUUUGUGUUCAAAUAUUUGCAUGUGAUUAAUUAUUCGGAUUUAGGCCAAAGUAUGCUCUUAAAUGCAAAGAAAAAUGGAGAAACUAAGACAAAAAUACAAAGACUGUGUAAUAAAAUUGGGAAAUGAAACAGACGUGUAUUAACUUGCAUUAUUUUUGACUUUGGCAGACAAGAUCAUAUCUCAACUGUCAUCAUACAAAAGAGGAACAAACAAGCAGGAGAAACUCCAGGUGUAACAAGUGAAAUAUAUGUAUUAUGUAUAGUAUAGUGAAGACAGAGUUUGUCGAAGAGGAGAAUGAGGACAUCAGUGAUCCAAAACCAUCCAGAAUGAAACAUGAAGAUACUGAGGAACAAACAGACAUAAAAGAAGAAAGUGAAGAGCUCAAUGAAGUGGAGGAGAAACAUCCAUAUCAGGAACCUUUCAUGACGUGUUCAGAGACCGAGAAGAACGUCUCGCUGAAAAAAACUCAAAGAACCGAAGCCAAAAACUCCUUCACGUGCCCUCAGUGCGGAAAGAGCUUCACACGAAGAGACAGCCUUAAGGAACAUCUAAGAAUUCACACGGGAGAGAAACCUUUCAGCUGCCACCACUGCGAAAAAACUUUCACGCGUAAAGAGAGCCUGAAGUAUCACUUGCGAAUUCACACCGGAGAGAAACCAUACAUGUGCCAUCAGUGCGGAAAGAGUUUCACGUUUAAAAACAACCUCAAAGUUCACGUGAGAGUCCACUCCAGGGAGAAGCUGUUCAUCUGCCCUCAGUGCGGAAAGGGCUUAACAUGUAAAAAAGGCCUUAAGGAUCACAUUAGGGUGCACACUGGAGAGAAACCUUUCAAAUGCCAUCACUGCGGAAAGACGUUCAAGUGGGCGCACAGCCUCAAUAAUCAUCUGCACUCUCACUCUGGGUUGAAGCCUUUUAACUGCGUUCAUUGUGGUGAAGGUUUUACUUCAUCAUCCAUUCUGAAAAACCACCUGAAGGUUCACACAAAUGAGAGGCCGUAUGUGUGCUCCUUGUGCGGAAAGAGUUUUAUAUGGCCAGGCAAUUUUAAAGAGCACCAGAAAAGACACACUGGUGAGAAAGAUCAUGUGUGCUUUGAGUGCGGCAAGACUUUUACCACAGCGAAACGAUUGAAGGAGCACCAGAGAAUUCAUACGGGAGAAAAGCCAUACAAGUGCUCGCAUUGUGACAAGAGCUUCACUCAGUCUGGAUCGCUGAAAGUUCAUGAGCGAGUUCAUACUGGAGAGAAGCCGUACCACUGCCCAUCGUGUGGGAGGAGUUUCUCUCAAUUAACAAAUCUUGUCACUCAUAUUAAAAAGCAUUGCAAGAAAUCAUCACAGUGAGAAGGUAUUUUCAUGUCCUAGUGAAUUACGUGGGAUGAACCAAACAUGUUUCUCCUAAACCAAUUUUUACAGUGUAAAUAAGUUUCAUUUUUAUGAGGUUGUGCUUGCUUCAUUAAUGUCAUUAAUUUAUUUAACCUGUUGACAGUCACCCGCCUUUUUGAGCAUAGAUCUGAAUUAAAAUCAUUAAAGUGUAAAAAAGCUAUAGAAGGUCAAUAUUACUGUAAUGUUCUGAACUAAACAUUUUUUAUUUUAUUAAAAUAUAUAUAUAUUUUACAAAAUAAUUUGGACUAGAAUAUCAAAGCCAUGACUGCAUCCGAAAUCGCAUACUUCUCUACUGUAUAGUAAGCGAAAAGCAUUAUGUGACAAAAGAAGUAUGUUCAAACUCACAUUACUCAUUAAAGAGUAAGCAAAAUGUACCUGUUGAUCUACUACUUCUGGAGAGAUUCUGAGGUGUGCAUUCGAUGGACACUUUACUAUCCCAGGAGGCCACAGGAAAGGAUUUGUGAAUGGCGGUGACGCGACGCAACUGGAAGGUCACGUGAUAAGGGCAACAUGGUGAAUGUAGUACAUCCGGAUUACAUUCAUACUACACACACUCAAACUAUAUAGAACAUACUUUUUUUUAGCAGUUAUGAAAUAAUUACUUGUUCGAAAUAUGUCAUUCCCAUUCCUACUCGAGAGUAUGCGAUUUUGGAUGUAGGCCGCCCCAUAUGCCUCGCCAAGUUACGUUCCAAAUUUGAAGUUGAUAUCACAAAAAUUGUGCCUACUAAAAAGUUUUAACUGUUUACAUGGUAACACAGUGUCUGAUUUUAAAAUGGUUUUCACAGGAUGAAUUUUGAGUGUUUAAGCUUUUGAAUAUCUAAUUUAUGAUGAUUACUAAAAUAUGCAAUGGGGGAAAAGGCAAUAACAAAAAGGGCGAGACUAUGAUAGUUAACAGACUAUAUUUAGAAGUUAAUGUGUUGUGUAAAAAAUGCUGACUGUACAUGAGAAUUAAAAAAGGAAAAACAUGCAAA